GUGACAGUGUAAUGACAAGCAAUGUGCAUUUUAAAUCGGUGUGUGUGGAAACAGACAGUGCAGGAGUUAGCUCACAGACUGAGAGCACGUGGUUUAUUUGUAUGCUGAAAAAUACAAAGAUAAAAUGAACAACCUCGGGAUUGCACUCAUCUUUAUUGUCAAUGUUCAGUAUGCGUAUAGCGCCACAAUACAAUGUACUGUAAACUGUGAUAAAGCUAGCUCCGGAUCAAGUCCCGCUGCAAACUUUCCUUCUGGUAACUUAAUGUCUGCUCCGGUAAUAGAUGGUCCUUCAGACUUUGUUGGUUCCAACAGACCUCCAGUUGGACCUCCUAUAGAAACAGGGCCGAGCAAAACACCAAAGAGAGGUUUCGCUCGACUUCCUCCUCACAUUCAAGCUUGUAUUGAUGGUAAAGGUGGAAAGAACUGUCACCGAUAUGCACGAUUGAACACGGAUGCAAACAGAAGGAGAUUCCUCAUUAAAAAUCGAUCAAAUGCAAGACAAACUAAAAUCCGAUUUAUACAGAAAGAGGAGGAUAGCUCAAAAUCAUCAUCUAAACAAGACCAACUGUCUUCAAAUAAACUCAAAGCAAAUGCUGAAACCUCAAUUUCAGAUAACGUGAAUUCUCUUGUAAAUUCAUUAGUUAAAGCAAUAGAUACGGGUAAAGACGUCAAACUUUCUGUCAAAGGCGGUACACGUACCACAAAAGAUGAUAAAAGUUCUAAAAGUAAUAGUAACAUUUCAUCAAAACAGUCCAGCUCCAGUACCGCUGUAGUAUCUUUCUCGCCGUCAAAAACAUCAUCAACCGAUAAGUCAAGUAAACAUACAGAAGAUGAACGAUCGCGCGAUUCGGACAAACUGAAAAUUUCAAUGUUUUCAGGCAAAAAAAGGGAAAGGGAUGGUUCUGAUUCAGUUACGAUAUCUGAAAAUGUGCCGUCCGCAUCACAAACACAAGCUAGAAUUGCUAGAAAAAGGUUGUCUAAAAAUGUAUCUGGCUCUUCUGGGAGUGGACCGGCAACAACACAAACAAUAUCUGGUUCUGCACAGGCACCUUCUCUGUCUGGAAUUACAUCAACUGCGGGAAGAGCUUCGUCAUUGUCCGGAAUGACAGCUACCACACGAAGAGCACCGUCGUUUUCUGGAAUUACAACCUCUGGAGGAAGAGCUUCGUCUUUGUCUGGAAUGACAGCUACCACACGAAAAGCACCAUCGUUUUCUGGAAUAACAACCGCUGGAGGAAGAACUUCGUCUGUGUCUGGGUUGAAAUCUGCUACAGGAAGAGCUUCGUCUGUUUCUGGUUUGAAAUCUGGUACAGGAAGAGCUUCAUCAGUGUCCGGAUUGAAAUCUGCUACAGGGAGAGCUUCAUCAUUGUCUGGAUUGAAAUCUGCUACAGCAAAAGCUUCAUCAGAAGAGCUUCAUCAGUGUCCGGAUUGA